UUUCCCUCCUCCUUUUCCUCCACUUCGUCAACAGCUCUUCUGCCUUCCCCCACCACAGCACCGUCGAGCAAGGCCAGCCACACUGACCUACCGAGUAACCUGUCAACACGGCACCAAACCACCGCGGGUUCAUGUGUUGUUCCCCCCCCCCCCGCCCCCGAUCCCACCGGGCCUAACAUGGCGAGUGGAUACCGUCGGGAGUGACUGAUUUUCACACGCCGGAGAGACGAGUGUGUCCUAACGCGGGUGGAGAAAACGUCGCCUCGGCGAAGAGGUGACGAGCUUUCGGCCAAGUUUGCGUGGCAAGCGGCACAAAAAUGUUGGCUACCUCUGGGACGUACGCCAACAAGAAGAGGAAGAAACCCGUCCUCAAACAAAAAAAGGUUAAGAACGGGAAUGAAGUCAUCAAAUCCAACCCGUCCAAGCGCCACCGGGACCGGCUAAACGGGGAGCUGGACAGGCUGACCGACCUGCUGCCCUUUUCUGAAGAUGUUCGCUCCUGUCUGGACAAACUGUCCGUUCUUCGCCUCAGCGUGGGAUACCUGCGAGUCAAGAGCUAUUUCAAAGCGACGAUAAAGAACAGCACCAGCAGUGGAUUUCCUGGAGCAAACAGCCCAAAUGGCAACAACUUGGCGACCAAAGGCUUCUCUGAAGGAGACCUGCUGCUUCAGGCGCUGAAUGGCUUUGUGCUGGUGGUCACGUCCGAGGGGUCCGUGUUCUACACGUCGCCCACCAUCAAGGAGUACCUGGGCUUCCAGCAGUCCGACGUGGUCCACCAGAGCGUGUUCGAGCUCAUCCACACAGACGACCGCGCUACAUUCAGGCAGAACCUCCACUUUGCUCUAAACCCACCUGACACAUGUGGAGAAGGCCUGGAGGGAUGCAUAAGCACAGAGUUCUACAACCCUGAUCAACUUCCUCCAGAGAACUCGUCCUUCCUAGAGAGAAGUUUUGUGUGUCGCUUCCGUUGCCUCCUGGACAACUCGUCUGGCUUUUUAGCUCUCAAGUUCCAGGGACGACUCAAGUACCUGCAUGGCCAAAGCGUCGUCAGGGACAACGGGUCGCACGGCAAACCGCAGCUCGCACUCUUCGCCAUCGCCACGCCCGUGCAGUCACCGUCCAUUGUGGAGAUCCGCUCCAAAAUGUUGCUCUUUCAGACAAAGCACAAGCUGGACUUCACACCUCUUGGUGUCGACAACAGGGGGAAGAUUAUUUUGGGCUACUCGGAGACGGAGCUGUGCAUGAAAGGCUCCGGCUACCAGUUCAUCCACGCCGCUGACAUGAUGUAUUGUGCAGACAAUCAUUUGCGCAUGAUAAAAACUGGAGACAGCGGCCUGACGACUUUCCGUCUCCUGAGUAAGUCAGGAAGCUGGGUUUGGGUCAAAGCCAACGCCAAGCUGAUCUACAAAGGGGGAAGACCUGACUUCAUCAUCGCCUAUCAGCGAGCUUUAGUAAACGCUGAGGGUGAGGAGUACCUCCGCCAAAGGAGGAUGCAGCUGCCCUUCAGCUUCACCACGGGUGAGGCUGUGCUUUACAACGCUGGCCCAACCAUGGACCUCACACAGACGCAGUUCAACAAAAAGUUCAACAAUAAUGAUGACAUGGACACCAGCAAGGGCACACAUUUGCCCCGCUCGCUACUGGACUGCUUCCUUAGGCAGGACGAAUCUGCCUACAGGCCGACGCCAGAGGUGCCCUUUCCCGUGGAUCAGAUCUUUGUGGACAGUCGAGCGCUGGUGAGCGUGCCCAGUGACGCUUGGCAGGAAACAGGCGUGGCGGCCACUUCCAGCGCCCCCAGCGUGGUGAAGGAGGAGGCCAAGCAGUCAGUGAUGGCUGUGAUCGACGGCCUACAGGAGAUGGCGCAGAAGGGUGACUUCUGCGGCGCCCUGGAGGACCUGGGGGUGGACGAUUCUGAGCUGAUGCAGUGGGAGGAGUCUAUCAAGCGAUUGGGUCAGGAUGGCGACCAGCAGGACAGCAUGCGGUCUGAGCUGGACAAUGUCCUCAUUGGUGAGAUAUUCAACCACAUUGAUUCGGUUUUGUUCAAGGAGAAUGGUGAAGAGUGCCCUGCCACCUGCCUGAAACAGGACGCCUUCAUGCAGGCAUCGCAGCAGUUCCCGACACCGUCCGAGGGUGGGAUUUUCCCUCAAACGAACAGCUUCUAUGCUCCGGAGAAAGGGCUCCGACAUGUAAACUCCGGGCAAAUCUUAGUGGGAUCUGCUCCAGCAUUCAAUAGCGCCCAGAAACCUUCCCAGUGUCGAUCCCUGCCGGGUCCCACGAAUGAGAACGAAGCUCCUAUUCAGCAGCUACAACUUGAGGACAUUUUCAGCCCAGAAAUAGAACUCCCAGAACUUAUUGUGCCUGAUUCUUCCACUGCUCCGGUCCACUUUGCAGGCUUUGGACAUCAGCAACAGCAGUCGAUUCAAUGUCAUCAGAAUAACAUCUACUCUGUGACCCCACCCACGAUUCCUUGCAAUAACCUUAACACCCCCAAUGAUUUAAUCCCUGAGCCUACAAUUUGUCCUCCUCCGCGGUCGCAGGGCCAGUACAAGCUGCCCCAUGCAGCCGUCACGCAAAGUGGUCCGGUUCUGGAAACCCAAACAUUCCCAUGUGCUGGCCCCUGGCCAAGGGGGGUUGUCAACGGGCUAGACCACACACAGCAAGGCGGGCUGGCGUGCGUCCAGGCAGCCAAUCACAGCAGCUGCAUGUACGUGCAGCCCCUGACACUCUCGCAGUCGUCCCACCAGAGGGGUAUGUGCCUGGACCAGAGUUCCCCGCAGGGUAACUGCCACAUCCAAUGGGGUGGCAGUCAUCCUGUGGUGGGUUCGUCAGCCAUCAGCCAGGAGAAUGCCAACAUCAGUCCGAUGACGACGCCGUCCAACAUGUCAACGUCGCAGCGAGUCUUUAACCUUCAAUGCUACCAGGAAUGAUAUGGGCAGAUGGAGCAGUCGCCACUCGUCGGCGAUGCGCCUGCUGGUGAUGUUGCCAUGGCAACGGACCAGCAGCACCCCCGCCCCCCCAUGCAGUAUCAGCGCUUAUUCGCCGACGCUCACACUUACUUUCAUAUAUAUCCUCUCUUGUAUCUGUCUCAUAUUUACUCACUUGAAACUUCUGUAUAAUAGGAAUGAAGUAUGAAGACGUGAACGGAGACAGCCAAAGAUUUCAGUUUUUACAAGGGAAAACCAACAUUUUUUGCAAUCGUGUUCUAUUACAAAGACACAAAAAUACAUAUAUAACUUGUUGUUAAAACAAUCACCCUAAACAUGCUUAGCUAUGUAUUCGGGGUGGGCCUAAAAAUUUCCAUACAUAGGAAAAAUAAAUUUGUGAAACGCAUCAUUUUAAGUUACCUGAAGCAUACAAUUAAAACAAACAUGUUAAAAGCCGUGUCCAUCCAACCAUCCAUUUUCUAGAGCUUGUCCACAUUUGGGUAUCCGGUGAGCUGGAGUGUAUGCCAUCUGACUUUGGGUAGGAGGCGGGUUACACCCUGGGUUUGCCAGCUAAUCAAGGGCACAUUCACGCCUAUGGACAAUUUAGUCUUCAGUGAACCUAACAUGCAUGUUUUUGGAAUGUGCUAGGAAACCUGACCCCUUAGGAGACCCACGCAAGCACUGGGAAAACAUGCAAACUCCACACAGGAGGGCCUAAGCUGAGAUUCAGACCCGUCACCUCUCGACUGUGAGGCAGACAUACUAACCACUAGACCAGCGAGCUGCCCAAAAAGCAUGUAUAGUUUGAUGUUUAAAAAGUACUUUUUGUAUUUCCAGGUAACAUACAAAGAUGUUUUUGACAAUCUUAUUUGUCCUAUGUAUGCAGAGCGGCCAGCCCUGUACGGUCCAAAAUCCUCUAGGGCAGUGGUUCUUAACCUUGUUGGAGGUACGGAACCCCGCCAGUUUCAGCUGGAGUUCACGGAACCCUUCCUCAUUUGAAAAAUAAUAAAUAGAAAUAAAUAAGAAGAAGAAUAUAUAACUAAAUAAUAAUAUAAUGUAUAAUACUAAUAAUAAUAAUAUAUAAAUAAAUAAAUCGUUUAUUUAAAACUCAAAACAGGUAUAUAUUUUGUCUGUGUAGAUUCUCAGUCAUCCAGGUCGUGCACAAAAUGAACCACACAUCAGUUCCACACAAAAUCAUUGUGUUCAAAGAACAAAACUUGAAUUUCACAAAAAAACAAAAAAUUCAAUUCAAUGAAAAUUUACUGUAAGUGAAUGUGAAUUUUGCUGUUGCCAUUCCGCCUGGUAAGUACCACUCACAUGUCAGAGGAACGGACUUCGUUGUGAAAAUUCACAACAAAAUCUGUUGCUUUAUUUCUACAAUCCUCGAAAAGGGUCCAUAGGUAAGAGUACAUUUUUUGGGCUGUUUUUUAUUAUUGGAUGCGCUGUCUGACGCCAUAGCAAUGCUACUCAACUCAAGUGUAUUGUUGAAAUGUUAUAUCAAGAAAGUUAAAAAAAACCAAACAUUUCAACUCGAGGCGCAGCGCCGCAAUGGUAAGCGCCCACCUUGACGCAGCUUUGCGUUUUGAACGGCAUGAACACGGCAUUCAAAAUGAAGUGUAAAAAGGCUUUUACGGAUACACGCAAGCACGCACACACAGUGUGUGUUCAGUCCUCCGUUAAACCCCAGCGACUGCCUCGCCGAACCCCUGGAGUUCUAUCGAACCCAGGUUAAGAACCACUGCUCUAGGGUGUUGAGAAGCAGGAUGAAAGGCACAGUUUUUCAUCCAAGUGGAUAAAACAAUCUUGUGGUAUCACCGGUUUUGAUGCACCCGAAUCAAUGUGGUAGUUAAAGUACAGUCCGCAUCAGACCACCCGAAUAGGAAAGUUGGAAUUCUGAUCGCUAUGGGCCUGAGUGACUUGUUUUGUCACUGAAAGGACACAAGUGCGUCUAAAGGAUGCCCCCUUCAGGCGAGAUAAAGUGCUUAUGUCAUCAAGUGUAACCCCUUUCAUGCUGCCUUUAAAAGCCAGCUUUUCUCUGGCUAUUACUGCCAUGUAGCUGUAUAGAUGUAUAAAUGGGACCAACAUAGAACAGGUGGUGGGUCUUGAAGGCAAUUUUUUGCCUUCGGUGGUCAUCACAAAGGCAUGACAUCCCACAUGUGUAAGGGUAUUCCACCGUGGUUUGAUGUUUUAAGGAGAGCCGUUGAAGCAUUGAUUCAACAUCCUUGAUAUCCAGCUUAAGGUGUGUAAAGUGUGUGUACUAGUAGGCUCUUUGUUCUCACUCGUAAGGCAAUUCAGCGCAUUAGUAGAACUAGUGGAACUACCAUGUCUUACAGGUAAUAUUUUUUCCAACAAAUGUUGAAACAACUUUAUGGAAAUAUUCAAUAUCCAACUUAAGGCCCAUUUACGAGUAUGCGCUUUGUCCUCACUAGUAGAACAGAUUUGGCAAACAAAUAGGACAACUACAUGAUACGAGUGAGGCAAAACUGUGCACUAGCUGACAACUGCGCUUUCAGUUCUAUUAGUGAUAUUCUAAAAUUCUACCAGUUAACAUCUAGCGCUUCACAUGUAGCAACUCGUGUACAAUUUUGUCUCACCAGUAACGUAGUUGUAUGUAUUCUAUUCUAUUCUAUUUUCUAUGUAUUCUGUUGUCCUAUUAAUGUGCAAUGUCAUACACAGUGCUGGGAAGAUUACAUUUUAAAGUUAUCCUGUUGAAAAUGUAAUAGUAGUGUAACUAUUUCAAUUAAAAUAAUUAAUUACAUUUGAUUGCAUUUUGGUUACUUAAUUUUGAAGGAAUGCAACAACACGUUGGACGUUACCUCUAAAAAUUGAUUCAAACCUUAGAUUAUUAUUUUGGCAUUAACCACAUAAUGUAUUUUUUCUUUACACAAAUAUUAAACUGAUAACAUGAUGAAAUGUAAGUACAUAAAAUGUUCUUAUUGCAUUAUAUAUCCAUCCAUCCAUUUUCAACACCGCUUAUCCUGGUUAGGGUCACGGGGGGCUGGAGCCUAUCCCAGCUGACUUCGGGCGAAAGGGGAACUACACCCUGAACUGGUCGCCAGUCAGUCGCAUGGCACAUAUAGACACAGACAACCAUUCCCACUCAUAUUUAUACCGUCACUGAGUGGGAACUGAACCCAUGCAGCCCACACCAAAGUCAGGCGAGUGUACCACUACUGCAUUUAUAUAUAUAUAUAUAUAUAUAUAUAUAUAUAUAUAAUGUGUGUGUGUGUACAGCAUGUGAAAAACAUGAUACCAUGUUGACCUAAUGACAAGCAUGCACAAUUUAGAGAGUAUCACUUCAUAUGAAACACCACAUCAAUGAAUAUUCCAUUAAAAAAAAGUCCAAAGUUAUAAAGAUGAAACUGUUCAAAAGUCAGUGUUCUUUUGUGUUCCAAAGUGUAACUAUUAGUCAAAACUUUUCAAAAUAUCAGACAAAUUAAUAGAUUGCACCACAAGUUGGUGUUUAGAGGUCAUAUUUGGAAAAGUAUGUCACGUUUGAGACUACACCAGAAUGGCACAUGACCAGAGAGAGACAAUAACAAGCGUGUUUUUUUAAGGAGGAAGUGAUAUGAAUACAAAUCUGAGGUUUUGCAGCUAUUUUUCUAGUGUACACACAUAGAUCAAACUGUUGGUACCUCUCUUUAAUUUGAAGAAAACCCACAGUGGUCACAGAAAAACUUCAAUCUGACAAAAGUAAUAAUAAAUAAAGAUUUUAUGAAAAUUAACCAAUGAAAAUCAGACAUUGCUUUUGAAUUGUGGUUCAACAGAAUUAUUUUAAAAAACAAACUCAUGAAAAAGGCCUGGACAAAAAUGAUGCUACCCUUAAUAUUUUAUUGCACAACCUUUUGAGCCAAUCACUGCACUCAAAACGAUUUUUGUAACUUUCAAUAAGACUUCUGCACCUCUCAGCAGGUGUUUUGGCCCACUCUUCAUGAGCAAAGUGCUCCAUUUGUCUCAGGUUUGAAGGGUGCUUUCUCCAGAUGGCAUGUUUCAGCUCCUUCUACAGAUGUUCAGUAGGAUUUAGAUCAGGGCUCAGAGAAGACCACUUCAGAAUAGUCCAAUAUUUUGCUCUUAGCCAUUUUUGGGUGUUUUCAGCUGUGUGUUUUGGGUCAUCAUCGCUCCAUCCAUUUUCUACACUGCUUAUCCUCACAAGGGUCGCGGGUAUGCUGGAGCCUAUCGCAGCUAACUGCGGGCAGGAGGCGGGGUGCACCCUGAACUGGUUGCCAGCCAAUCGCAGGGCACAUAAACAAACAACCAUUCGCACUCACAUUAGUACCUAUGGGCAAUUUAGAGUCUUCAAUUAACCUAUCGUGCAUGUUUUCUGGGAUUUGGGAGGAAACCGGAGUGCCCGGAGAAAACCCACGCAUGCACGGGGAGAACAUGCAAACUCCACACAGGCGAGUCCGGAUUUGAACCCGGGUCCUUAGAACUGUGAGGCGGAUGUCCUAACCAGUCGUUCACUGUGCUGCCGGGUCAUUAUCCUUUUUCUAAAAUUGUAAUCAUGGAAAAAGCAACUGUAAUUAAAUUACAGUGGAACCCUGCAUACUUGCAGUUCGGCACCCGUGGAUUCACAGAUUUUUUUCUUCUUUUUUUUUUUUACUUAAAAAAAUAUUUUUAUCUUUAAUUUUUUGGGUGGGCAUCAACCCCAAAAAUUCUUACUGCCUGUCAAAAAGAGAAAAAGGGGUUUAUUUUUUAAUUGCAAUUAUAAUGGCUGUCAGUUUUUCUGCAGAUUGUUGAUAUUCGUUGUCCAGCCUGGUCCCUAUCAACCCCCCAAAUUGCGGGGGUCCACAGUCCACAUUUUCUCCCAGUAAUGGAAUGGAUUACUAUUAGUUAAUUGUUAUAAUUAUGUAAUCUCAUUGCAUGUAAUUAGUUACUCCCCAACACCGGUCAUACAGCGGUGGGAGACAGUACUGUAGUGGAAGAAAAUACACACAGUCGUUCUGCUUGUGCACCCAAGUCAUUCUACGAAUGCGCUGAACUGUUUUACUUGUGAGGACAAAGACAUUCGUUAGCGAGGCUUCCAAGCUAGCCUCAUCGUAACUUUGCGUAAUGCUUUUCUUCCUUAACGUCGCUUAUGCCAUAUGCUAAAGAAAAUAUUUAUAAUGUAUAAUCAGUGGCCUUCACAAGAACAUGUGUUUUUGUAUCCUUUGUUAAGGGAAACACUUUUUUUAAGUGGCUUUCCGCAAGCAAGAAGUGCACUUAAUAAAACGUCAGAAAUCCCACUUAUGCAUCUCACUGUGAACGCCCUCCUCAGACAACGUGGCAGCUUUGACCAGUAUUGAUCUCUCACUUUCUUAUCUAUCUCACUAUGUGUGUAAAUGCAAGAUGGAGGAGAAACAUGUUGACGUGUGAUCACUCAGUUGAAACAAAAAAAAAACAAGCCUAAGGGACAUCCUCUUUAGAGACUGGAGCCACUUAAAUCACCUCAGACUAAUUAAUGUAUACAUAAUCUGCUUCACUUUCAUGUAACACACUUGUAUUAGUCAUUAUUAUCAUCGCUGUGUCAAGAAAUAACCUUUUUUCUCUACUAUAUAAUAUUUUUUAAUAAAUAUGAAUAUAUGCAUAUAA